AUGUCUCGAGUUACAAAGCGUCGCAUUUGUUUAUACAGAGCUGAUUAUCAGCUUUCAGUCUACAUAUCUUNGGAUAAUGACCCUAUUUCCGAGGAAGAAGGGGAUAAUUUUAUUGAGUUCAAAGCUGGAGACAUUCCUGUCGUUAAGGUACAUGAUGAGGAUGAUGAUGAUGGACCUGCUCGAGGAGAGUGGGGGAAUAAAUUAGAUUUCCUUUUCUCCUGUAUAUCUGUAUCUGUAGGUCUAGGGAAUGUCUGGAGGUUCCCCUACCUCUGCUAUAAAAAUGGCGGAGGCUCGUUUUUGAUAGUUUACUUCACAGCUAUGGUUUUCUGUGGUAUCCCUAUAUUCUAUCAGGAGGUUGCUAUCGGUCAGUAUCUGGGAUCUGGAGGAAUGACCCUGGUUGGCCAACUGUGUCCAAUGUUAAAAGGAACUGGUAUUGCUACAAUGGUGGUCGUCUUCUUCCUUGAUAUUUACUACUGUAUAAUCAUAGCCUGGACCUUCUUCUACCUGAUUGCAACCUUUACAGCUCUACCUGAUCUUCCAUGGGAUACUUGCGACGGGCAUUGGAAUACUCCUUACUGCUUUAAAGCACAUGACAACAUAACAGAAAACCAGAUUGAUUUAAAGAAUCACACGAAGAUUUUUGACAAUAUUACUCAUCAUAACAAGACAACAACACCAGUCGAGGAGUUCUUUAAGUAUGUUCAAUUUUUUUGGUACUUUUGGGCCCAAAAUAUUAUAUUGCAUAAAUAUGUGAGUGCACCUGCAGUAUGGGAGCAAACAUUCCCAACAAAGGUAAAUUUUCUGAAAAAUGUAUCAAUGAUUUUUAAUGUUUUGUUAAAGGGCAGUGUUUUGAAACUAUUUGACUUACUUUUAGACAGUUGUUUUGAUAAUUACAAUAAUUUAGGAAAAAUUAUUUGGUUUACAGCUUUAUUCCCUUACUUCGUGAUGUUCAUCCUGCUUUUUAGAGCUCUCACUUUGGACGGAGCUAUUGAUGGAUUGUGGUAUAUGAUCCAUGUUGACCCUGCCAAGCUAGUUGACGGUCAAACAUGGAUUGAUGGCGCUUCUCAGAUCUUCUUCGCGUACAGUGUUGGUAUGGGUGCUCUACCUGCCCUGGGGUCUUAUAACAAGUUCCAUCAUAACUGCUUCAAGUUAGGAUGCUAUUAUACCUGUAUCGUGAACAGUUUGACCUGCCUGCUAGCUGGUGUUCUAGUAUUCUCUAUUCUAGGAUAUAUGGCCAAACUUCAGGGAGCUACCCUGGAUGAAGUUGUAAACAGUGGACCUGGACUUGUCUUCCUUACCUAUCCUGAUCUGGUUAUCACUCUUCCUGGUUCAGUACUGUGGGCAACAAUAUUCUUUGUCAUGCUAUUAGUUCUGGGGAUUGACAGUGAGUUCUGCAAUGUAGAAGCACUAGUGACUGGUAUAGUGGAUAACUGGCCUGAUAAACUUCUCAAGCAUAGGAGAGCAUUUACAGUUUGUUUGUGUGUGUUCCUAUUUAUCCUUGGUAUUCCAAUGUGUACAGAGGGAGGAAUAUAUAUGUUCCAGCUCAUGGACUUCUACAGCUGUUCAGGAAUGGCGCUCCUCUGGGUCUGUUUCUUCCAAACGAUUGCCAUUGGCUGGUUCUUCGGUACAGCCAAGUUCUGUGACUGCGUAGAACAGAUGACCGGGAGAAGACCAGGAAUAUUCUGGUUUAUGUGCUGGAAAUAUUUUGCUCCAUCUGUAAUGGCGUUUGUGUUUGGAUUCUAUAUUUACUCCUAUAAACCGGUAACCUAUGGAAAGGAUUAUAUCUACCCGGGCUGGGCUGAAGCACUAGGGCUGGGUAUGUCCUUAGCAUCGAUGAUCUGGAUCCCAGGAUAUGCUAUAUACUACCUGUUUACCCGUCCUGGAACAGUUCUAGAGAGUGAACCUAAGUCAGAUUUAUUUUAA